AGAGCUGCGCACAUGCAUGCGUACGUAACGUGGAGCAGUCACUGAUAAUUGACCACAGAGCCGUAUAACUUCGCACCAAAAACAAAAUAAUGUCUGUAUUUCGUCAAGUUAUUACUUCUGCAAGCAGGAAUUUCCUGGUAUCCAGCAACAGGAAUGCUCUGACUGUCCCUUCCUUGACAAGAUGUCUUGCAACAGGAGCCUAUGAGAACAUCAUUGUGGAUCACGUUGGUGAGAAUAAGAAUGUUGGGUUGAUCAAGUUGAACCGACCCAAGGCACUGAAUGCUCUCAAAGAUGAUCUCAUGAAGGAAGUGGCACAGGCUCUGGACGUCUUCGAGGAAGACGCCAACGUCGGGGCCAUCGUGUUGACAGGAAGUGAGAAAGCGUUUGCCGCUGGAGCUGAUAUCAAGGAGAUGUCUUCAAGGACCUUCCAGCAGACGCUUGGAGCUAACUUCUUAGAAUCCUGGAGCAGACUUUCAAAAGCCAAGAAGCCAACAAUUGCAGCUGUCCAUGGUUUUGCGCUUGGAGGAGGAUGCGAGGUUGCCAUGAUGUGCGACAUCAUCUACGCAGGAGAAAAGGCAUCGUUUGGUCAACCAGAAAUUCUCCUUGGUCUCAUUCCCGGUGCUGGUGGAACCCAGAGGUUACCCAGGGCUGUAGGCAAGUCCCUAGCUAUGGAGAUGGUUCUCAGUGGCGACAGGAUAAAUGCUCAACAAGCUUUACAAGCAGGUUUGGUAAGCAAGAUCUACCCUACUGAAGAGCUCUUGGAUAAGGCCAUUGCUUUGGGCGAGAAGAUCAGCAAGAAUUCGAAACUCAUCAACUCUCUAUGUAAAGAGGCUGUCAAUACAAGCUAUGAACUAACCCUCAAUGAAGGCAUGCACUUUGAGAAGAGGCUCUUCCAUGCAUGCUUUGGAACGGAGGAUGCGAGGGAAGGUAUGGGUGCAUUCGUAGAAAAGAGACCAGCCAACUUCAAGGAUAACUGAUCCAUCCAUUUAUCUUUGAAUUCUGCUGUGGUGUUGCCUACUCUCGUCAUAUCAGUAGGUGUCCUCAAUCCCAAAGUUUGGCUCAUGCUUCUAUGAAGUGCGAAAUUAAGCUGAAAAAUAUUUAGACUAUGAUGGAGGUACUGCUAAGACCUGGGUGCUGUUACACAAAGGCUAGCAAUUGAUCGUAUGCGUGAUUUUUAUGAUUGAUUGCAUACUCUAUGCAUAGGUAAACGAUCAAUCGUAUGCUUGAUUUUCAUGAUUGAUUGCAUACUCUAUGCAUAGGUUAACGAUCAAUUUUAUGCGUGAUUUUCAUGAUUGAUUGCAUACUCUGAGUCUAUGCAUUGGUUAGCGAUUAAUCGUACGUUUGAUUUUAGCGAUUGAUUGUACAUUGUAGUCUAUGCAAUCAAUCGUAAAAAAAUGUAUUUUACGAUGAUUGCUAUGCUUUGUGUUAUGUGCCCAAGGUCAUGACACCAGGGGAGUGUUUCAUGUAGCAAAUAUUCAGUGGUUUUCACUGUGUAAAUUGAGCAUAGCCAAUCAGGUGCAAGUAUUUCAGUAGCUUAUAACAGUUGUCACUCAGUGAAAGUCGCCAUUUGUUUCAUGAAAUGCCCCCCUAUGGAUGAAAAAGGGAUACGUGGCAUGAAUACCUCUGCACUU